AUGGCGGUGGCGGUGCUGCGACCUCUGGAUGCUCCACCGGCGGAGCUGGCACCGGCCACCGCGCUGCUGCUGGCUCCGCCGCCGCUCUGCGCGGCGCUGCGCGGGAAGGGCGGCAGCGGGCUGGUGCUGGCAGUGCGGCCUGCGGGCCGCGGCGGGGCGCAGGCCGUGCUGCUGAGCGCCGUCGCGCUAGAGUCGGGUGGGCGACGGGGAGCGGAGCUGUGGCUGCGGGGGACCCUGCUGCGGCGGUUGGGGUUGGCGGCCGGCCGGCGGGUGGCAGUGUGGCCGGUCCGCCGCCCGCCGGCGCUGGCCUGGGUGCUGCUAGGGGCGGCGGGGCGGCCAGGAAGGCCGGCGGGCGGCUCGGUGCUGGUGCGGCGGGGCGAGGCGCUUCCGGGCCCGGGCCCGGGGCCAGGUCCACUGGUGCUGGAGGCGCGGCCGGCGCUCCAGGGGUUGCUGGGCAACGGCACACGCACCGCCCUCGCCCCGCCACCGCCUCCCCGGGAGCCUGCGGCCAGCGGCGCCCCCUGUCGGCGCCCCGCUACCGCACCCUUGGUCUCCCGCUUUGCCGCCGGGCCCGGAGGGGGCACCGCGGCGGCGGCGGCCGGGCCGCGGCUGCGGGCGGCCCCCGGCGGCGGGGCGGGUGGCGGGGCGGAGGUGUGGGUCAGCCGGCGCGGGCUGCUGGCGCUCGGGCUGUUCCAAGGGGAGUGGGUGCGGGUGGGUGCCGAGGGGUCCGCCCGGGAGCACUUGGCGGCGCUGCUGGCCCGCCCGCCGCCUUGGGAGUACCCGCGGGCCGCCCGUCGCGGCCCGUCCGACGGCGCCGCGCUCUUGGCCCCCGCCCUGGCCUUCAACCUGGGCUGCGACCCCACUGCCGCCGCGCACCUCCGCCUGCGGAGGUACGAAAGAACCGGUGCGGCGGACGCGAAAGGCAGCCGGUCGGUCUUGUCAGUGCCCCCCUUUGCCAAGGAGCUGCACCUGGAGAUCGUCUGCUCCCCGGCCUACAGCGCCCAGGGAGGCUACGACCGCAUCCUCUACAAGCACUUUGAAACGCCCCGGCUUGUCCAGGAGGGAGAUGUCCUGUGUGUUCCAACGUUUGGAUAUGCUGAGUUUUUAGAAGUAAAUGGAGACAAAUUCCUAAGGUGGCCAGAGCUGUACUUCAAAGUGAGGAAGAUUUUAGGCAUGGUGGAAGGCGAGCAGUCUGAGGGUUACCUGGUGGACACCCAGAACACAUCUCUCUACAUGGUAGGUUCAACAAACAGCCCUGUCCCAUCUGCCCCAGCCUAUAACAGCCAUGAGUUCUGGAGCAGCUUGUCUCCUGCUGGACUUUCUGAUGUUGUGAAGCAGCUCUGUGAUGCUCUUCGGCCUCACCUGAACAGUCGGGCAGGUGCACUGAGUGGGGCUGGCAGCGUUCUCCUCUCAGGACCAAGUGGCAGUGGAAAACUGGUGGCUGUCAGAGCUGUGUGUAGCUCCCUCAACCUCCACCUCUUCAAGGUCGAUUGCGUUAGUUUGUGCAGUGACACCAGCGGAGCCACGGAGGAGAAAGUCCAGGCGGCCUUCAGCCAGGCCCAGCGCUAUCGUCCCUGUGUGCUCCUGCUGAAGGACAUCGAGGUGCUUGGCAGGGACCGGGACAGGCUGGGGGAGGACGCCAGGGUUAUCGCUACGCUGAGACAGCUGCUCCUGGACAGGGACCCAGCGCUCAGCCACCCUGUCCUGGUGAUUGGCACAACCUGCACGCCCCAGGAUGUUCCUACAGAUGUGCAGACUGCUUUUCUUCAUGAGGUGAAAAUCGAAGCCCCUUCAGAAGAGCAGAGGAGGUCAAUGCUGGGCAUGCUGACUGCCAGUCUGCCUCUGGGCAAAGAAGUGAGCCUCUCCAAGCUGGCCCGCAGGACUGCAGGUUUUGUGCUGGGAGAUUUCUGUGCCUUGUUGUCCCACAGCAGCCAGGCUGCUUGUGCCCGCAUCCAAGCCUUGAGUUUUCCAGGUGGACUGAGCGAGGAAGUGGAGAGAGAUUUUUGCACUGCUGGGUUCCCAGUGCUUGAGGAGGAUUUUAGUGUUGCCUUGGACCAGCUGCAUGAUGCCCAUUCACAAGCAGUGGGAGCCCCAAAGAUCCCCUCCAUGUCCUGGCAGGAUGUUGGUGGGCUUCAGGAGGUGAAGAAGGAGAUCCUCGACACUAUCCAGUUGCCCUUGGAGCACCCAGAGCUGCUGUCACUGGGUCUGUGCCGCUCUGGUCUGCUGCUCUACGGCCCUCCAGGAACAGGAAAGACCUUGCUGGCAAAAGCUGUGGCAACCACGUGCACCAUGACCUUCCUUAGUGUGAAAGGGCCAGAGCUCAUCAACAUGUACGUUGGGCAGAGCGAAGAGAACGUGAGGAACGUGUUUGCUAGAGCCAGAGCAGCUGCUCCCUGCAUUAUCUUCUUUGAUGAACUGGAUUCUCUGGCCCCAAGUCGUGGAUGGAGUGGAGAUUCAGGGGGUGUCAUGGACAGAGUUGUCUCCCAGCUGCUGGCUGAGCUUGAUGGCCUUCAUUCCACCACAGAUGUAUUUGUUAUUGGAGCUACAAACAGGCCUGACCUUCUGGACCCAGCUCUGCUCCGGCCAGGCAGGUUUGACAAGCUGGUCUACGUGGGCAUAAACGAAGACCGUGAGUCGCAGCUGCAGGUGCUGAGCGCUGUCACCAGGAAGUUUAAACUGGAUCCUUCUGUGAAUCUCACUGCCAUCCUAGAGAAGUGCCCAGCUCAGCUGACAGGAGCAGACAUCUAUGCCCUCUGCUCAGAUGCCAUGAUGAGCGCUGUCAAACGCAAGGUGGAGUGGAUCGAGGAAGGGCUGGAUACUGAGAGCUCUGCUCUGCUCCUGACCAUGGAAGACUUCCUGCAGGCUGCUGCGAGGUUGCAGCCAUCAGUUUCUGAACAGGAACUGCUCAGGUACAAACUCAUCCAGCAGAAGUUUGCUGCCUAUUAACACAGAGUGGAGGUGUGAUGGGCACAGCCUGUUAAGGAGUGUGAGAGAACAGUCACAGAUGCACAUAAGCUACCUGCACUUUUAUGCUUCCUGGGCCCCCUUGAAUGGACAAACAGGCUGGCUGGGCAGUUUUCUUCAGCCAGAGUCUGGUGGAAGUGCUGUUCUGUUCAGCCAUGCAUCAUUGCUGGGGUCUGUAAUGGCCCUUUCACAUCUCAGGGAGUACUUUGGGGCUGCUGGGUGCACACCAGGGUGACUUCCCCAUGGGGAGGGAGCAGAGUCUUAUAGUUGUGAGCAAUAUAUGAGUGGCACCAUGAGUGACAGAGCACUGGUGGUAGGGAGCAAGACCCAAACUUCAUCUGGUUUAGUAACAGGAGUGGGUCCGGAGGCAGUUGCCUGCUGGGAGUGUCAGCAGUGAGGUGCU